AUGUCUGCCUCAAUCCCUGGCUCCCGUGAUCUCCCAGUCUCCCAGUAUGACUUGACCACCUACUGGGGACGAGUUCGCCAUGCUGCAGACAUUUCAGACCCCCGCACACUCCUUACAGGACCCGCUGGCUUGGAGCAAGCCAAGGGCGUAAUUGCCCAGUACAAACAGAACAAGAUCCCCUUCAUGACACCGGAUCUGUGGAACGCAAAGAAGAUUGUCGACUCCACCCUGCACCCUGAUACUGGGGAACCUGUCUUUCUGCCAUUCCGCAUGUCCUGCUAUGUCCUAUCUAACUUGAUUGUGACGGCGGGUAUGCUUACCCCGGGUCUCAGUACCUCUGGAACUCUCCUUUGGCAAAUCGGUAAUCAGUCGCUCAAUGUUGCGAUCAACAAUGCCAACGCGAACAAGUCAACCCCCCUCUCCUACUCCCAGAUCGCCAAGUCCUACUGCAUGGCGGUUACCGCUUCCUGCUCCGUCGCCUUGGGUCUGAACGCUCUGGUCCCUCGCCUCAAGGGCAUCUCCCCCAAUACCCGCCUUAUCCUCUCACGGCUUGUCCCCUUCGCCGCAGUCGCCAGUGCCAGUGCCUUGAACGUCUUCCUCAUGCGUGGUGAGGAGAUCCGCCAGGGAAUUGACGUCUACCCUGUCCUGUCGGACGCCGAGCGUGCCAAGCGCGAGGAGUCAGAGGAUGCCGAGCCCCUGCAGAGCCUGGGUAAGAGCAAGAAGGCUGCCACCAUCGCCGUUGGCGAGACAGCCAUCAGCCGUAUCCUGAAUGCCACCCCCAUCAUGGUGCUUCCCCCUCUGAUUCUUGUCCGCCUGGAGAAGACCCAGUGGCUCCGUUCUCGCCCCCGCAUGAUCAUGCCCGUCAACCUGGGUCUGGUCCUAACUACUUCCCUUUUCGCCCUGCCUCUGGCUUUGGCUGCCUUCCCCCAGCGCCAGGCUAUCAGUGCCAGCAGCCUUGAGGAAGAGUUCCACAGCCGUGGUGGCCGUGACGGCAUGGUCGAGUUCAACCGUGGAAUGUAA